ACACCCAUAAGCUUACUCCCUCGUAUCAUGUCCUCUCAAACAUCUCUCUGGCUUACCGAAGAACGAGGGUCCUUCGCUGUUGGGCCUCAUGCCAUACCUACUCCUGAAGCUGGCGAGAUCUUGGUCAAAGUUGAGUCAGCUGGCCUGAACCCGGUUGACUGGAAAAUCCAGGCGCAUGCUUUCUGGGUAGAGCACUAUCCCGCUAUCCUUGGAAACGAAGGAGCAGGAAUUGUUGAAGCAGUAGGGCCAGACGUCACUCAAUUCGCUAAAGGAGAAAGAGUAUUGUUCCAGGCUACCAUGGACAACAGGAAGGCUUCUUUCCAGCAGUAUGUGAUUGUCCCAGCAGAAAUAGUCGGCAAGAUCCCCAGCAAUAUAUCGUUUGAUCAAGCAGCAACGCUCCCUGUUUGUAUUGCUACAACUGCUUUAUCCCUUUACUCUCCGGCGCCGAACGGCAUUGGACUGCGAGCACCCUGGGAUGGAGGCAGGGGGAGCUUUAGUGGGCAGCCAGCUUUGGUCAUCGGCGGGGCUACUUCUGUCGGUCAGUAUGCGAUUCAAUGGGCCAAGCUAUCCGGAUUCUCCCCCAUCAUAACCACAGCAUCCCUUCAUAAUACCGCGCUUCUCAAGUCAACUGGUGCGACCCACGUUCUUGAUCGUGGCCUAUCGCCUUCCGCUCUGUCAGCUGAAAUUCUUAAAAUCACCUCGACUCCCAUCAAGCUCGUGUACGAUAGUGUUACUGCAGCUGACGCACAACAAGCUGGUUAUGAUAUCCUCGCCCCUGGUGGUCAUCUCAUCCUUGCAUUGGAACAGUCCGUCAAGGUCAAGGACGGCGACAACAAGACCGUCUUUCGCGUCUUUGGUAAUAUUCACCCUCCUCACAAGAGAGCGUUCGCAGCCGCUCUGUUCGGUCACUUGACCAAAUAUCUGGCGGAUGGUGAUAUAAUACCCAAUACUGUGGAAGUUGUUCCGGGAGGGUUGAAUGGUGUAGCUUCUGGUUUGCAAAGGCUGAAGGACAACCUGGUCAGUGGUAGAAAGCUGGUCGUUCACCCUCAUGAGACAGUGUGAGGCCUCCAGCACAUAGCACACCACACUCGGGUUAUGUAUUUCUACUGCGAUAGUUGUAUGAGAGUAACAGAAAUAAAGAGACGUCUGAAGUAAUGUUCAUACAUCGUGUUUCGACAAAAUGAAUUUGCCAUUGAGCCCG